UGGCGGCAGCGGCGGCGGCGCGGCAGCGGGUUCCGUUCCGGGCCGAGGCUGGAGGCGGAAAAGUUGCGGGGCGGAGAGGAGCAGCCCCGGGACGGUCAACGAGGGCGACAGCGAGCCGGGGACCGGCGUCUACGGACCGGCCAUGGACGACCUCGACGCCCUGCUGGCGGACUUGGAAUCAACCACCUCCCAUAUCUCCAAACGACCGGUGUUCUUGUCAGAGGAGCCCCCCUACUCAUACCCAACUGGAAACCACACCUACCAGGAGAUUGCAGUGCCACCUCCUGUCCCACCACCCCCAUCUAGCGAGGCCCUCAAUGGCACGAUCCUUGACCCCUUAGACCAGUGGCAGCCUAGUGGUUCCCGAUACACUCACCAGCAGCCUCCAUCCCCGUCCCCCGUGUGCAGCUCCAGUGCUAAAGCCUGUGGUGCCUCCCACCCUCAGGACGGCUCUCUGUGUUCCCGAACAGGCGAGGAAGAGCACGUCUACAGCUUCCCCAACAAGCAGAAGUCGGCAGAGCCUUCACCCACUGUGAUGAGCUCUUCCCUGGGCAGCAACCUCUCGGAGCUGGACCGGCUAUUACUAGAGCUGAAUGCCGUACAGCAUAAUCCUCCAGGCUUCCCUGCAGAUGAGUCCAAUUCGAGCCCCCCACUGCCUGGAGCCUUGAGCCCCCUUUAUGGCUUCCCAGAGAAUAACAGUUCUCUGGGAGGAAAAGCUGGGCCUCUGAUGAAAGAGAAGCCAAAACGAAAUGGAGGCCGGGGCCUGGAGGAUGUUCGGCCCAGCGUGGAGAGCCUCUUGGAUGAACUGGAGAGUUCUGUGCCCAGCCCUGUCCCAGCCAUCACUGUGAACCAGGGUGAGAUGAGCAGCCCACAGCGAGUCAACUCCAGCCAGCAGCAGACACGCAUCUCAGCCUCCUCUGCCACCAGGGAGCUGGAUGAGCUCAUGGCUUCACUCUCAGAUUUUAAGACUAGUUCUUCUGCUGUGGUGCUGAGCUCCCAGGGGCUGCUGCCCAGCUCUCCUCCAUCUCCACCCCUCACCCUCGAUCCUCCUCCCCCUACUAAAUCCUCCCCUGAAGGCCACACCCCUGAGGUCCUCAGUAGGGAAGGAAAUAGUCAGGUCCUUCUACCUUUGGUGGCUCCCAGAAGGCUUGAUUUGGUUAGCGAGGGGACACCUGUCACUCAGAACUCAAGGUGUCCUUCUGUGGAGGGUUCUCAGCAAUCAUUUGGUGCUAAGAGCCAGGCUCAAGUUAGGAAUGACCUCAUGGAGUCCAUGAAUGAGCCUUUUAGGACUCCCCUCGGCCACACUCUACACCCCGCUGCCAGCACAGGAUCCCAGGGGCCACUGGCCAACUGUGUGUGUUCAGAGGAGACUGUGGCUCCCGUCUGGAGAUGGCCACAGGCCAUGUCAGCAUCUGGGCCUUACAGCUUUCAGGAAGGAACUGAGCCAGCUAUUGUGGCAGUGGACCGGCAGGCUGUGCUCCCAGACACCUGGAGUCUCACCAAGGAAUAUGACCAGCAGGAGCAAGCACAGUCAGAACCAGGGGGCCUGGAAAGCAGUUACCCUGCCCCAGCUGACAAGGAGCAGUUAGGUGGGAAGAUUCCCUGGAGUGGAAGCCUGGGGGAACCAACCCAGCCACUCCAGAACCCAAAGAACCCAGGAGGUGCCACCAAAGCCGCUCUGGAGGCCAGGACGGAAGAGCCGGAGUUUCCUCAUGCUGUGGUCAUGGGCACACCCACCACCUCGGAGAGGAUUUCCACCGCUGGCCAGAUCCGCUCUGUGAUCAGGAGGAGCCGGGAGACAGGCCACGUCCACCCCAUGUCCCGGGAGCCCUCCCCUCGCCGCCGGCUGGACCCUGCCACCCUGAGCAGAACCCCAUCCCAAGAACGGCUCAUUGCAGAGCUGCAGGGCCGGCUGGGCAUCCAGCUGGAGGCAGAGGAGGUGGCAGGGGCCUCUGCCCAGGACUGGCUGACUGAAGGCGUUGUCAUCACUGUGCAGCCAUGUGGGAGGCAGGCCGGGGGGCAGCUGGUGGAGAAGGUCAUCUACCCUCCUGACUCUCCCAUUCCCCUGAGAAGAACCCUCUCUGUCGUGGCUCCUCCUCCUGACCCUUUCCUCCAGCAUCACCCCGAUACCUUGGCCAGCAGCUCACCUCUCCGGCCCAGCCUGCCCACUCCCUCCUGUCCAGGGCCCGUGGCUGGUGCCUGUGCUUCUCCUGGGGUCCAGAGUGCAGGGAGAAAGCCCCAAGAGGAGGACAGGCAUGGGCUUCCUGGCCUCACUCCUGUGCCCCACACCAUGAGGUCUGUGGGCUGCCAGACCAGCGAGGACCCACUCUUCCAUCCGAUGCAGGCAGGCCUCCCAGGGGUCCCAGCCUCUGCCCCACCUGCACCGUGUGUCAUCCCUGAGCCACCUCAGACUGAGGAUGUUGUGGAAAUGCACGGCCUGGAACAGAGAGUGGAUGGAGAGCGGCAGUGGGCAGCCGGCUGGCCCCCCAGCAGCAGGCAGAGCAGCCCUGAAGGGCAGGACGAGGGAGGGUUUAUGGCCCAGGGGAAAACUGGGAGCAGCCCACCCCCUGGGGGACUCUCAAAGCCUGGGAGCCAGCUAGACAGCAUGCUGGGAAGUCUGCAGUCUGACCUGAACAAGCUAGGGGUCGCCACGGUUGCCAAAGGGGUCUGUGGGGCCUGCAAGAAGCCCAUUGCUGGGCAGGUUGUGACUGCCAUGGGGAAGACAUGGCACCCCGAGCACUUUGUCUGCACCCACUGCCAGGAAGAGAUUGGUUCUCGGAACUUCUUCGAGCGGGAUGGACAGCCGUACUGUGAAAAGGACUACCACAGCCUCUUCUCCCCACGCUGUUACUACUGUAAUGGACCCAUCCUGGAUAAAGUAGUAACAGCCCUUGACCGGACGUGGCACCCGGAGCACUUCUUCUGUGCCCAGUGUGGAGCCUUCUUCGGUCCAGAAGGGUUCCACGAGAAGGACGGCAAAGCCUACUGUCGGAAAGAUUAUUUUGACAUGUUUGCGCCCAAGUGUGGCGGCUGUGCCCGUGCCAUCCUGGAGAACUACAUUUCAGCCCUCAACACCCUCUGGCACCCGGAAUGCUUUGUGUGCAGGGAAUGCUUCACGCCGUUUGUCAACGGCAGCUUCUUUGAGCACGACGGGCAGCCGUACUGUGAGGUGCACUACCAUGAGCGCCGCGGCUCUCUGUGCUCCGGCUGCCAGAAGCCCAUCACCGGUCGCUGUAUUACCGCCAUGGCCAAGAAGUUCCACCCCGAGCACUUUGUCUGUGCCUUUUGCCUCAAGCAGCUCAACAAGGGCACCUUCAAGGAGCAGAACGACAAGCCUUACUGCCAGAGCUGCUUUGUGAAGCUCUUCUGCUAGGCCGUCCCCACCACCCUCCCCGGCCAGCGCCCCCACUGCUACAGUGACCCAGGGACCUCGCCCAGGGAUGACGGGCCAAUCCAACAGAAACUGGAACCUUGUCUUGGCAGGUGCAGAUGCAUGACAGAACUGUGGAGGUCGUGCUUGUCCCUCCCCCCACCAGAGCUUCAGGGCCCUUCUUUCCCUUCUCUGGCUCUCCCAGGCUCUGUGUACUUCAUCUUCACCAGAGGUCCGUAGGCGUGUCCUCAUGAGCCAGCACCCACAGCGGAGCCUCACACACCUCUCAGCAGUGGGGUCAGAGUGGGCAAGCAGAGAGGGUCAACUAGGGGCUCUUUUACCCUUAUUUCUCUCAGUUACCCUGAGCAUACUGGGGACACCGGGCCCCCUUAACACAAUGCCAGCAUAAACUCACCCGUGGGCCACCAAAGGCACUUUGGGGUCCACCGCCCAGUCUCCCAGGGUCUGGGUGAUUGCCCUGGGUUUACCAAGAGAGGCUUCUCCAGCAAUAAUGUUUUAUAUAGCCACAUCUUUAUCUCUGGGGACAUCGUGAGGCGGGGAGGGUCACCCGUGCCUCAGCACUGUACCGAUUUUGAUAGAUUUCUACACUGAGGUUCUACUUCGUAUUGCUCAGCUUGCUUUCACUUCUCUCCACAAGAUGAUUUUGAAGAGAUUUAAAGAAGGCCCCCUUUUGUAUUCUUGUCUUUGUCCACCGUCACUGGUGCUGCCAGUGGCCUUGGCUUUGUACUGAGGGCUUGGGAUGGGGGAACAAUUUGUGUUUUAUUUUGUUUCUUAGCACGAGUGAGUUGAGACUCCUUCUGCAAUGUCACAGUCCCAGGACUGUUUGCAAACUGCUGUAUUUUCAGAUGCUCCCUUACUGCCCAGGCCAGCAGACUCUCCAGUAAGAAAUGGUCUAAGGGUGCUCAGCCCUUUUGGACCUGGAAUUUUGAACCUCAUGUGUCCUGUUCCCAAGGGAGGCAAAGGGGAAAGUAUAUAUUUGGGGUCUGCUUCCUGCCUGAGUAAGCCAUCAGGAGCCACUCUGCUCCCCGUGAACUUUCUGGCGACAAGGAGAACCCACUGAACACUCUCAGCCACCUCAUUGCUUCUCUGGGGCUCUUUCUUCUGCCUUCUCAGGAAAGCUGGUGUCUGAUUUUGACCAGGAAGAUCAUACAUAAGGGUCUCUGGUCUCGAUUCUACUGGGCGCAUCGCUCCCUCAAACUUCCCAGUGACUGGGGCAAAGUUUGCUGUUCCCUCUCUCAGGUGGGAUUCAUGCUUUGCGGGGAGGGGUUCUGGGAAGAAUAACCCUAAGUUGGUGAAGGGAUCCUAGUAGGAUUUGGGGCAGAGGGACAAGACCCUGUUAGAGCUAUGGGAGGCUCCAUAGCUCCCAUUCCAAAAGAUGGGACGGGAGCAGCCAGUCCUGGACCAGACAUGCCAGACUGGUUCAUAGGCAGGGAUCCAGACAUUACAUCAGCUUCCUAGUAGAGGCUCGGUAUGAUGGGAUCAUCGACAAGGAUCCUCUGUCGGGGCUGGACUAGCAGCGCCCCAGGUCUGGGAGGUCUGACACGGCACUUCCACCCACAGGCCUUACUGCUCUGUUUACAGUAACCCGCCCCAGGCCCCUCUCCGAGAAGAGAUGGGGUAUCUGGAGGGCCAUUCUCUGGGUCAAUGGAUAUGUGAUAUUUGACUUUUUUCCUAUAAACUUCUAACCUGGCUUUUUCCAUUUCAAUUCCUGUGAUUUAUGCCAAUAAAGUUUGCCAUUAUUUUCA